AUGAAUACUUAUAAAAUACCAAAUGUCCAUACAAAAGAAAAGAAAGAGGAAAUUCAAUCUGUUAUACGAGAAUUAGAAUUUGCAAUGGAGUUCUGCAUUGAUAGUCUGGUGAAUGAUUUUGACAAAUUGAUCUUGUUUAGAGAUGAAAUGAAUGAGAAGAUGAGAAAGAAAGAGAAAGUAGACAUAUUACCUCCUACAUUAAUCAAUAACAAAGGUGUUCGAAAAACAAAGAAAAGAACGAAGGGGAAGAAGGAUAUUGCUGUUGAAAAAGCAAAGAAUGAUGGGAGAAACAGAAGGCGCGACAACUAA